CUAUAUAUCAAAAAAUGUCUACUCUCCUGGAGAACAUCAUUGCCAUCAUUGACCUAUUCAACGACUACUCAAACACAGAUAAGGAAAACAAAACACUGAGCAAAAUAGAGCUAAAGGAGCUUCUGGAGGUGGAGUUUCGGUCAAUCCUGAAGAAUCCAGAUGACCCAGAUACUGCUGAUGUCUUCAUGGAAAUACUUGAUGUGGACCACAACGAUGAAAUAGACUUUACAGAGUUUCUUCUCAUGGUAUUUAGGCUGGCACAAGCAUACUAUGUUUCUGAGAGUAGAGAAAAAAGAUCAGGGGAAACGGACGAAGAAUAUGGAAGCCACAGUAUAUUUGAAGAGUACACUGAAGAAGAAACAGAAGGAGAAGAGACAGAUAAAAGCAAGACAAAUACAAGAUUAACAAAAAACAAUGAAGAAAAUAGAAACAAAUCCAGAUCCAGAAGUCCCACUGGAAGAGGAAAGAGAGGUCAAGGAGCUAAGGAAAAAAGUGAAAGAAGAAACCAAGAAAAAUUGACACUGGGACAUAAAACAGAAUAUGCAGGGAAAAGGAAUGAUAUAAAUAAGGAAAAGCAAGUUGGGUCACGAUCAAAAGAUGAACAAGGAAGAAGACACAAGACAAGCAUUACCACAACAGAUGGCAACAAGAAACCCGAAGAAAAUAGUAAAACUGAAUAUACUACAAGUCAUAAGAGGAACGGGAAAGACCACUUAGAGGACUCUGGGAAACAGUCCUCCACAACCCACCCCAGGUCUGGGACCGGGUCAUCAACAAAACAAGGCCCCAACCAUGGCCUUGCUGGCAGCAGCAAUGGGAACAAAGGACCCCACCAAGGAAACACCGCCCCUCACAGGCACUCCGACUCCACCCGCACACACACGGGGAACAAAGGACCCCACCAAGGAAACACCGCCCCUCACAGGCACUCCGACUCCACCCGCACACAGUCAGGAUCCACCACCACAGACAAGCAGGGGCACGGGCGUGGGCAGUCCGGAGACACCGCCAGACACGCAGGGACCGGACACGGAAAAACCACCUCAGGGUCCCGUGGCAGCAGGCACCGGGGAUCCAGCCUCAGUCAUUCCAGUGACAGCGAGGACCAGUCAGAAUUCUCUGAUGCUCAGUCUGGUUCCUCAUUAGACGACACAGGAACUAGUUCAAGAAAGCACAAAUCAAUCCAGAGUAGUCACUCAUCCACUAACAAUGGAAAGUCACAUUUUAGUGAUACUUCAAAGCAGUUAGGAUUUUGUUUGUCACGCAGUUACUAUUAUUACGAGUGA